UUCUUAUUUUGAUCCUCUUUUUCUUGCUUUCUUUCUUGUCUUGGUGUUCCGAGAUGGGGGAAAUGUUUCUGCAUGCAAUGAUUUCAGUCUUGGAUGCUGAGUGUUGUUGCUCCGGCGAUAUCCACUGAGAAAUACGUGCUUUGCGGACGCUCUUGAUAUUUUUCUCUCUCUCUUCCCGAAGCAGCUUCUUGUUAAAAUCUCCACCUUUCCCUUAUUUUCAGCCUUUUUUCCCUCUCCAUCAUGGCUUGUUUCGGUGUGGUUUUGCUUUCCUCUGAUCUUGCAGUGUUUCUCUGGUGUUGGAGGCUGUACGUCUCCGAGGGGCGCAAAAAUAACAGUUUUUGAUUUUCAUUCUUGAGGAUUUUACUUUUCUAAUAGCAGGCAUUGCUGCAGGACUAGGAUGACUGGGAAGACCCAGACCAGCAACGUGACCAACAAGAAUGACCCGCGCUCACUCAACUCCCGCUGCUUUAUCGGCAACCUGAACACGGCCGUAGUGACCAAGGGCGACAUCGAGGCCAUCUUCGCCAAAUACGGCAAGAUCGUGGGCUGCUCCGUGCACAAGGGCUACGCCUUCGUCCAGUACGUCAGCGAGAGGAACGCCAGGGCGGCCGUAACCGGGGAGAACUCCAGGGUCAUCGCAGGACAAUCACUAGAUAUCAACAUGGCAGGAGAGCCCAAACCGUACAGGCCUAAGAUGGCCUCCAAGAGGCCUCUCUCGUCCCUCUACAGCGGCUACGAGUUUGACUAUGACUACUACAGAGACGAUUUCUACAGCAGACUCUUUGAGUACCACGGUCGUGUCGUGCCCCCGACCCGUGCAGUGAUCCCCAUCAAACGUUCGCGGCUAGUCGUCCAGUCCAAACGCAGAGCCAAAUCCUCUUUUCCAGUCAGGGCCUGUUCUCCCUCCUCCUCCUCCUCUUCCUCCUCCCGAGCACUCAAUGUCGGCUCUUCCAUCACAGUCCCUAAGCUGAAGACAGACCAGCUCCUAACAAUCAAGAAGGAGCUGUCACAGAUCAAGAACAAGAUCGACUCUCUGCUGGGCCGGCUGGAGAAGAUUGAGAGGCAACAUCGCUCUGACGGCGACAUGCAGAGGAACCAGGAGGAGGUUUGUGAGCGUCUCCAUGGUGACCACUCAAGUGCGGAGGAGGCGGACGAGGUGGAGGCGGGGGAAAUGACGGACGGCGGUGAAGACGACU